AUGAAGGUCUGGGAGCGGGUGAUCGAGGCGAGGGUGAGGGAUAUGACAUCUAUAUCUGUGAACCAGUUCGGUUUCAUGCCGGGUCGCUCCACUACAGAAGCUAUCCACCUUAUCAGGCGGAUGGUGGAGCAGUUCAGGGAUAAGAAGAAGGACCUGCACAUGGUGCUUAUCGACUUGGAGAAGGCGUAUGACAAGGUCCCAAGGGAGGUGCUAUGGAGGUGGUUGGAGGCGAAGAGCGUGCCGGAGGCCUACAUCAGAGUAAUCAAGGACAUGUACGAUGGAGCUAAGACUAGGGUUCGGACGGUGGGUGGCGACUCGGACCAUUUUCCAGUGGUUAUGGGGCUCCAUCAAGGAUCGGCGCUUAGCCCUCUCUUGUUUGCCUUGACGAGGGCCGGCGUUAAUGAGAGGUUAGAGGUAUGGAGACAGACUCUCGAGUCUAAGGGUUUCAAAAUAAGCAGAUCUAAGACUGAAUACCUGGAGUGCAAGUUUAGCGCCGAGCCGAGCGACGUAGGCAGAGACGUGAUGAUUGGAUCUCAGGUCAUCACCAAGAGGGACAAUGUCAGAUAUCUUGGGUCGGUGAUGCAGGGGGACGGAGAGAUUGACGGGGACGUCACUCAUCGUAUAGGAGCAGGGUGGUCAAAGUGGAGGCUUGCAUCAGGAGUCCUGCGUGACAAGAAAGUUCCACUGAAACUCAAGGGGAAAUUUUAUAGAGCUGUGGUUAGACCUGCAAUGUUGUAUGGGGCGGAAUGCUGGGCAGUGAAGAACUCUCAUGUUCAGAGAAUGAAUGUGGGGGUGGCCCCGGUGGAUGAGAAGAUGCGAGAAGCGAGGCUGAGGUGGUUCGGGCAUGUGCAGAGGAGAAGUCCUGAUGCCCCGGUGAGGAGUUGUGAGCGGCUGGCGAUUGUCGGCGUUCGGCGAGGCAGAGGGAGGCCUAAGAGGUAUUGGGGUGAGGUGAUUAGGAAUGACAUGGCUAGAAUGCGGGUUUCCGAGGACAUGACCCUUGAUAGGAAAGUCCGGAGGUCUAGUAUCAGGGUUGUAGGAUAG